AUGCCGUGCCUCUCGUGUUCCCAGAGGGACCGUUGCGAGCGGGCGGAUGAGCCGCACCGCUUUGCUGCUGCUCUCCCCCAGUGUGUGAAGGCCACCGUGUACCCUGACAGCAUUGCUGUUUCAGAACCCAGCAUACCUCUGCUGGUGAAGGUGAGUGACGUGCCGGACCUUUCCGCUGGGAUCACCUGCUCCUUUGGCAACUUGACGGAGGUGGAGGGCCAGGUCAGCGGAAACCAGAUCCUCUGUGUGUCUCCUGCUGCCAAGGAUGUCCCCCUCAUCCCCACGGACCAAGACUGGUCGGGGGUAGAGCUGAGGCUGAACUCCAAGGAGACGGGUCAGAUGUUGAUCAGCACAGAGGUCAAAUUCUACAACUGCAGCGUCCACCAGCUGUGUCUCUCCUGUGUGAACAGUGCCUUCCGCUGCCACUGGUGCAAGUACCGCAACCUGUGUACCCACGAUCCCUCCAGCUGCUCCUUCCAGGAGGGACGCGUCAACGCCUCCGAGGACUGCCCCCAGCUGGUGCGCUCCCACGAGAUCCUGAUCCCUGCAGGGAGGUGAAGCCCUCACAUGAAGGCCAGGAACCUGCCCCAGCCCCAGUCUGGCCAGCGCGGCUACGAGUGUGUGCUCCACAUCCAGGUCAGCCACCGUGUCACCGCCCUGCGCUUCAACUCCUCCAGCGUCCAGGGUCAGAACAGCUCGUAUCUGUAUGAGGGGAUGAAGAUCAGCGAGCUGCCGGUGGAUUUCUCAGUGGUGUGGAACGGCAACUUCAUUAUUGAUAACCCUGAGAACAUCCAAGUGCACCUGUACAAGUGUGCGGCGCAGCGGGACAGCUGUGGGGUGUGCCUGAAGGCGGAGAGGAAGUUCCAGUGUGGCUGGUGCUCCGGGGAGGGUCGCUGCACCCUGCGCCACCACUGCCCCCCUCAACCCUACACCACACGCUGGCUCGACAUGUCCAGCAAGAAUGUCAAGUGUACCAACCCACGCAUCUCUGAGGUGACUCCCAUAGCGGGACCUCCGGAGGGGGGCACGCGGGUAACCAUCCAUGGUAAGAACCUGGGCCUGGCCUUCGCUGACAUGGUGGGGAACGUGGAGGUGGCCGGGGUGCGCUGCAGCCCUGUGGAGGACGGCUACAUCAUCGCUGAGCAGAUCGUGUGUGAGAUGGAUGCGGCCCCUGCAGACAGCAAGUCUGGACCAGUUCAGCUGUGUGUAGGAGAAUGCAAACCUGAGCUAAAGACCCACUCUACUCAGCUCUACUCCUUUGUGAUUCCAUCCGUGCAGGUUCUUUCCCCCAGCCGAGGUCCAGAGUCUGGGGGUACCAAGGUCACCAUCCUGGGGGAGAACCUGGGGGCUGGCAGCAGUGUUAAUGUCCAGUUUGGGAAUCAGACCUGCGAGUUCUAUGGGAGGUCCAUGACGGAGAUUGUGUGUUACUCUGCCCCCUCUCUGUCGGGGGUGGGCUUGGUGCAGAUCACCGUGAGUGUGGACCGGGCCCAGGUCCGGGAGAGCCUGAGUUUUGAGUACAUGGAGGACCCCACAGUCCAGCGCAUCGAGCCUGAGUGGAGCAUCGCCAGUGGCCACACCCCUCUGAUGGUGACAGGAACCAAUCUGGACAUAGUCCAGGAGCCCAGGAUCAGAGUCAAAUAUGGAGGGAAAGAGUCUGUCAACGUGUGUAAGGUUCUGAACGCCACCAGUAUGAGCUGCUUUGCCCCCUCCCUGGUAACAGAGUACCGCCCCGGUCUGGACUCAGUCAAGCACGCCGACGAGUUUGGCUUUGUGUUCAACAACGUCCAGGCUCUGCUGGUCUACAACAACACCAACUUCCUGUACUACCCCAACCCCUACUUCGAACCGCUCAGCACCAACGGGGUCCUGGAGCAGAAGCCUGGCUCGCCUAUCAUCCUCAAGGGCAGAAACCUGGUGCCCCCGGCCUCAGGGGGGGUGAAGCUCAACUACACCGUGCUGAUUGGGGACACCCCCUGCUCCGUCACUGUGUCCGAGAGCCAGCUGCUCUGUGAGCCCCCGAAUCUCACCGGACAGUACAAAAUCAUGGUCCAGGUGGGUGGUCUCCACGUGUCUCCGGGCGCGGUCCACAUCCUGUCUGACAGCCUGCUCACCCUCCCGGCCAUCGUCAGCAUCGCCGCUGGCGGCGGCCUGCUCCUCAUCAUCGUCAUCCUCGUCCUCAUCGCCUACAAACGCAAGUCACGAGAGAAUGACCUCACUCUCAAGCGCCUGCAGAUGCAGAUGGACAACCUGGAGUCCAGGGUGGCGCUGGAGUGCAAGGAAGCCUUCGCAGAGCUGCAGACGGACAUCAACGAGCUGACCAGCGAUCUGGACCGCGCUGGCAUCCCCCACCUGGACUACAGAACCUACGCCAUGAGGGUGCUCUUCCCCGGCAUAGAGGACCACCCUGUACUGAGGGAGCUGGAGGUGUCUGGUAACGGCCAGCUGCACGUGGAGAAGGCUCUGAAGGUGUUUGGUCAGCUCAUCAACAACAAGGUGUUCCUCCUGACCUUCAUCCGCACGCUGGAGAUGCAGCGCUCCUUCUCCAUGCGCGACCGUGGCAACGUGGCGUCGCUCAUCAUGACGGCGCUGCAGGGGCGCCUGGAGUACGCCACUGACGUGCUCAAGCACCUGCUGUCUGACCUCAUCGAGCGCAACCUGGAGAGCAAGAACCACCCCAAGCUGCUGCUGCGCAGGACGGAGUCUGUGGCAGAGAAGAUGCUGACCAACUGGUUUGCCUUCCUUCUCCACAAGUUCCUUAAGGAGUGUGCAGGGGAGCCUCUCUUCAUGCUGUACUGUGCCAUCAAGCAGCAGAUGGAGAAGGGUCCUAUAGACGCCAUCACCGGAGAGGCUCGCUACUCCCUUAGCGAGGACAAGCUCAUCAGACAGCAGAUAGAAUACAAGACCCUGGUCAGUCAUACACACACCAUCACACACACACUCACACACUAUUACAUAUAAACAAUCACACAAACACUCACAGCAACUAAACUUUUUCCAUGUCAAUUCUAAUCCCAAAUCCCUUAAUAGUGAUACUUUAGCAGUGUGAGGGCUUUAGUUCUGUCACUACUGGGUAGAUAAUGAUCUUGUUGGUGACAGUGUUGCUCCAACAGCAGAGCGGGAAGCCACUCACAAACACACACACACAGACACACAGACACACAGACACACACUCACAAACACACACACACAGACACACAGACACACAGACACACACACACACACAGCAGCAGCAGCACUCCAGUGCAACAUGACAAAGCUCUGAUUGCUCUGACAGGGACUGGGGCUCAUUACCGGCUAAUACCCCGCCAGAGCUGGA